AUCAACUCUACAAUACCGAAUUGAAAAAAUUAAGAACGGUGUAGAAAAUCCAGCGCUAUCGCGUGGGGAGUAUGCGUCCAAAUAUACAGUUGCGCAAGUGUUCAACAUCGAACAAGAACAAAAACUGUCUGAAUAUUUAAUUAAAUGCAGCAAGAUGCAUUACGGUCUAACAUUAAAGCAGACAAUGGUUUUGGCCUAUGAAUAUGCUGAACAUUUACAGUGUAAAUAUCCUCAGUCCUGGAAAACUAAUGGUUUUGCUGGUAAAGACUGGGUGCUGGGAUUUAGAAAGAGAAACAAAAGUAUUAGUUUGAGAAAACCUGAAAAUACAAGUGCAGCUAGAAGUUUCGCAUUCAACAAAACUGCUGUUACCGAGUUUUUUGACAAUUAUUACUGGCAUGCGUCAGCGCAACUUCGUCGGCCAAAGAGUUUAGUAUCGCUAUGCAAAAGAGUGAUCGCUAAAUACAAACUUCAAAAAGAGCCAAAAAAGCUUACAUCUCCUGAGUCAUUUUCCGUCGUUGGUGGAAAACCUUUGAGGGCUUUGAAGAAGAGAACAGAAAAACCGCCAGAAAUCAUACCAAAGAAAAAGAAAGGGAGAAGUCCAAAAAGCCUAGCGGAGCUUUGUCAAAUAGUCAUAGAAGAAUACAAUCUUUUGCCUCAAUGCGAAGAGACCGAACAACCGGCACCCAACCAAUUACUAAUUGAAACCGCAUCUUCAUCUUCAAAGAAACGGGGAAGACCGCCGGGGAAGAAGCCAGAAAACGUUAAGGAAAAAAAACAAGCUACUCGUAAGAGAGGAAGACCACGUAAAGAUCAGAAGACGUCGAGUGAAUUUGAGGAACCUUCCAUUAGUUACUCCGGUUACUCGUCUUUUUUGGAACAGUCACAGGAUAUAAGGAGAAGUCCAAAAAGCCUAGCGGAGCUUUGUCAAAUAGUCAUAAAAGAAUAUAAUCUUUUGCCUCAAUGCGAAGAGACAGAACAACCGGCACCGAACCAAUUACUAAUUGAAACCGCAUCUUCAUCUUCAAAGAAACGGGGAAGACCGCCGGGGAAGAAGCCAGAAAACGUUAAGGAAAAAAAACAAGCUACUCGUAAGAGAGGAAGACCACGUAAAGAUCAGAAGACAUCGAGUGAAUUUGAGGAACCUUCCAUUAGUUACUCCGGUUACACGUCUUUUUUGGAACAGUCACAGGAUAUAAGAAAAAUCAAAAUAGAACAAGAUCUCUUUUUGGACCAGCCUCCUGAAGAUGAUCCUUUACAAGAUGAAGAUGAUUUCACAAUUGAGAUUAAAGAAGAACGCGUUGACAUUGAAAUCGAACAAGAAUGUGUUGCUAUCUCCAAUAUUACUGAAGCUUCAGCGCAAGAAAUAGUCUUAAACCCAAUGGUUCAAGUAGGGAUACCUGAUCCUUAUGGACAGGUAACAGUUCCAAACACAAUGACCGUAGUCAUGGACGAAUACCAGAUAUUUGCUAAUAGCAUAGCUGAACAAUUACGGACAUUACCUCCGAACAGAGCAUUACUGCUGCAACUUGAUAUUCAAACUAUGAUCGAUAAUGAAAAGCAGCUUAUUGGUCAUGAAAGUUAGUGAGAUUGAGAUAUCAUAUUUUUACUAAUUCUGGCAGUGCAAAGACUGAUUGUUUUAAUUGUAUUUAAGUUCGCCAGUGAUUAUCAUCAUUCAAUUUUUAAUUUCCUUUCAUUUUAAGAUUAAUAUUUUAAGUGUAUUGUGAUACUAUUAAUGUUUAAGUUUUUUUAUUGUGAGUUAAGUCUAGUUUUUUGUUUAAACGGAAAGUGGAUUGGAUAUUGACAAUAUUUGUUUUAGAUAAUCCAAUGCGAUUGUAAUCUUGUUUAACAAGUUGAUUAAAUUAAUAGAUGUGCAUUUUAAAUGCCCAUUUAUUCAAAUGUUUAUUCCUGACUGCCAAAACGGUUAAAAGAAAAUAAAGAUUAUUUUAAUA